GCUUCCGGCCCGGGCGGCAGCGGAGCCGCUGGACCAGAGAGGAGCAGGCCCGGGGUCGCGAUGUGCCCGGGCCGGGCCCCGCCGCUCCGGCCGCCUCCGCUGCUACCGCUGCCAGAGCCAGCUCCCCAUGACUAACAAAUGCUGGCCUAGAUUAUGAGCUCAAACAAGAACGCUCGCUACAAUCGUUUCUCCAGUGGCACAACCACCAUCACUACUCCUGAAAAUACCAACGGGACAAGAAUGGAAACAACUUUUGGGCCAGCCUACUCUGCUGUGACAACCAUCACAAAAGCUGAUGGGACCAGUACUUUUAAACAGCAUCGUCGGACCCCAUCCUCCUCCAGCACACUCACCUACUCCCCACGAGAUGAGGACGAUGGCAUGCCUCCCAUCAGCACCCCACGCCGCUCCGACUCUGCCAUCUCCGUCCGCUCCUUGCACUCCGAGUCCAACAUGUCCCUGCGCUCCACCUUCUCACUGCAUGAGGAAGAGGAGGAGCCAGAACCACUGGUGUUUGCUGAACAGCCCUCUGUGAAGCUGUGCUGCCAGCUCUGCUGCAGUGUGUUUAAGGACCCAGUCAUCACAACCUGUGGGCACACGUUUUGUAGAAGAUGUGCCUUAACAUCUGAGAAGUGCCCAGUGGACAAUGCCAAACUGACCGUGGUGGUGAACAACAUCGCGGUGGCCGAGCAGAUCGGGGAACUCUUCAUUCACUGCAAGUAUGGCUGCAGGGCUGCAGCCAGCAGCAAGCCUGCUGCCUUCGAGGUGGACCCCCGGGGAUGCCCCUUUACAAUUAAACUGAGUGCCAGGAAAGAUCAUGAAAGCAGCUGUGACUACCGGCCCGUUCGCUGCCCCAAUAACCCCAGCUGCCCUCCUCUCCUGAAAAUGAACCUGGAGGCACAUCUGAAAGAGUGUGAGCACAUAAAGUGUCCCCACUCCAAAUAUGGGUGCACAUUCAUAGGAAAUCAAGACACUUAUGAGACUCACUUGGAAACGUGCAAGUUUGAGGGUUUGAAGGAGUUCCUGCAGCAGACAGAUGAUCGUUUCCAUGAGAUGCAGGUGGCAAUGGCCCAGAAGGACCAGGAAAUUGCCUUCCUGCGCUCCAUGCUGGGGAAGCUCUCGGAGAAGAUUGACCAGCUGGAGAAGAACCUGGAGCUCAAGUUUGAUGUGCUGGAUGAGAACCAGAGCAAGCUGGGCGAGGACCUGAUGGAGUUCCGCAGGGAUGCAUCCAUGCUGAACGAUGAACUCUCCCACAUUAAUGCUCGGCUCAACAUGGGCAUCCUUGGAUCCUAUGAUCCUCAGCAGAUCUUCAAGUGCAAGGGAACCUUCGUGGGGCACCAGGGCCCUGUCUGGUGUCUGUGUGUUUACUCCAUAGGAGACCUGCUCUUCAGUGGCUCUUCAGACAAAACCAUUAAGGUGUGGGAUACCUGUACCACAUACAAGUGCCAAAAGACCUUGGAGGGUCACGAUGGAAUCGUGCUGGCUCUCUGCAUCCAGGGGAACAAGCUAUACAGUGGCUCUGCUGACUGCACCAUUAUUGUGUGGGACAUUCAGAACUUGCAGAAGGUGAACACGAUCCGAGCACACGACAAUCCUGUCUGCACUUUGGUCUCCUCACACAACAUGCUGUUCAGUGGCUCCCUCAAAGCCAUCAAGGUCUGGGAUAUUGUAGGUACCGAGCUCAAACUGAAGAAGGAGCUGACAGGUCUGAAUCACUGGGUUCGAGCACUGGUGGCUUCUCAAAACUAUCUCUACAGUGGAUCAUACCAGACCAUCAAGAUCUGGGACAUCCGCAACUUGGAGUGUGUCCACGUGCUGCAGACGUCAGGAGGCAGCGUCUACUCCAUCGCUGUGACAAACCACCACAUAGUGUGUGGCACCUAUGAGAACCUCAUCCAUGUCUGGGAUAUAGAGACAAAGGAACAGGUCAGGACACUGACUGGGCACGUGGGUACAGUCUAUGCCCUUGCUGUCAUCUCCACACCGGAUCAAACCAAAGUCUUCAGUGCAUCCUAUGACCGCUCGCUCAGGGUGUGGAGCAUGGACAACAUGAUCUGCACACAGACACUGCUGCGGCACCAGGGCAGCGUCACUGCCCUCGCCGUCUCCAGGGGCCGCCUCUUCUCCGGUGCUGUGGACAGCACUGUAAAGGUCUGGACGUGCUAGCAAGAGCUCCACACUAGUCCUGCACUGAAAGACCAAAAACUUCCCCUCCGUUGGCCUGCUGGGUGACCACCACCACCAUGGAAUAACUGCUGCAGCUCCUCUCCGCACCGACCACUGCCCACGGACACUCCAGAUGUUCCCUCAGACCUGCUGAGUAUGAUCAGAAAUGCAGUGGAAGCUGUUCCAGGUGCCUUCCACACUGCAGGCUGCCCACCUCCCCCCAGCCAGGGAGACCCCCAGGGAGAGGGCUGGGCCCCCAGCCCUGGGCAGCCCCACAGGGCACCCAGCAAUGGGACUGAGGGGGUUCAGCUCAUCAGCUGGCCAGGGUUGCAAGGGCCAGUCCUAUGGAAAUGGUAGAGCUGAGCUUUAGGCCCUGCCCCAGGUUGGGCCCCCAACCCCUUUCUGUCUCUAGUAUUUAAUUUUACUGCCAAGAUGUCAGGCUGAUCCAGCUGGGAAGAGGUGUUUUCCUGAGCAGCCAGGUACGAUUUUUAUGCCACAGCUAGUUCUCAAAUCAAGUAACACACUCCCAUCAUUCACCACCCUGUAAUAAUGGUUUCCACAUUAAAAGAGAAAAAGCCUCUGUUGCAUUUUUACUCACAUUUUCUACUGUUUUUAAAAUUGUAAUAUAGAUUUGAUUAUUUCUUCAUUGACAAUAAAAGCGGAA